AUGGACUGCCUCACGGCGAGCAGCGACUCGACGGGCGCCAGCCGCAGCCGCACCAGCGGCAGCUGCCACGAUGGCGCCAGUCUCGAGCGCCUGCGUGCGCAGAUCGGCGCGCCCUCGCACCCGCCGCCCUCCUGCGGCCCGGCGCUCUACGCCACCUCUCAUGCGCGCUCCGGCGACACGGUGACGCACGACAGCUCGAGCACGGCGCCGUCGACGGUUGACGCAGCGGGCAGCGGCGGCGGCGGCGGCGGCGGCGGCGCGGCGGCGCCUGGCCGUGCGCGCAGCACCGCGCGCGGCAGCUGCCGCUUCGUGCUCGGUGCGCCGCCCAAGCCCAACCCGCACGAUGCCGACGAGUGGGCCCGCUUCCUUGUCGCGUACCAGGCGGGCGUCUGGCGGGACUGGGUGGCCUACGCGGCGUCGGGCCGCUAUGCCGGCGACGAGGCCGAGUUUGCGGGAAGCAGCGCAGGCAACGCAAAGUCGUCGCGCGAAAUGAGAAGGGUCACCUCUCGUCGUAGGCGGGCGACGCAGUCGGCCUGCCAGUACGUCUGCUCCGACGGCGUGCCCGUCGACAACCGCUCGUACUUCCUCGAGCAUGGCAUCUUUCCGCCGCCCUCCAUGCCAGAGGGCCGUCGCAAGCAGCGCGAGGCCGCAUUGCUGCGACAUCGCUUCCAGCAGGUGGGCUACCGAGAGUCGGCGGCGCGGUACGCCCGCCAUGCACGCGAUGUGUUCCGCGUCGCCUCGGCGACUGUGACAGUGGCGUGCGCUUCCAGGAACGCCGUGCUCUUCCUGGGCCAGAGCGGCUUCAACCCGGUCAAAGAGAGCACGCCGGUGCAGGCGCUCUGCAGCCACGCCAUGCUCGUGGAGAACACCGUCGUGUGCAUUCCAGACCUCAAGGAGGACUGGCGCUUCGCCAACUAUCCCGUCACGGACGCCCAAGGCGCUCGCGUCCGCUUCUAUGCAUCGGCACCUCUGCUUCUGUCACGCCCAGGCGUGGGCUCCGGUCUUCGCGAGGGCGACGGCAGCGGGCCCACCUGCGAGCGAAUCGAGGUCGGUCGCCUGACGCUGCUCGAUACGGAACUGCGACCGCACUUCGGCGAGCCCGAUGCGCUGCUGCUGCAGGAGAUUGCAGACAUGUGCGCCGAGGCGCUCGAGAACGAGCACCACAUUGCCAACGCGCAGCGCACGCAUCGCAUGCAGCGCAGCGUCACGCGUCUUGCUGCCGCCCUGGACCCGCCGCAGAACGAGGGACUACUCGGCGACGCCGACGUUCAGCCGCAGCACUACUCGUCCGUCUCGCUGGAGAACAAGACGCCGCUCUGUCCCGAUCGUGUGCAGGUCGUCAUUGACACCAUGCGCGAGUCGCUCGAGGCGACCGCCGUGUACGGCAUCGACGUGUCUUCCUUCCGCAUGUCGUCCAGUCGCGGUGUCAUGUCGAGGCAGCCGUCCGCCUCGCCGCGCAACGGCGGCGGCUAUCCCAGCACGCCGUGGCUCAGCGCCUCCAGCAGCCUGCCCGUCGCGACGCCGCCCAUCGCCGACAGCGACGCCGGGCCCCAGCUUGCCGCGUUCCCGGCAACGCCCGAGGAGGGCCACGAGGACAUGGAGCAGGCCACUCCGCCGGCCAAGCCGCGCGCGUCGCGAUCGCGGCCCACCAGCAGUGCGGGCUCGCGCGCCGCGCCGAACAGCGCGCAUGUUCCCUCGUCACCAAACUUCCGGCGCCCGUCGCAGCACUUCAGCCGCAGCAGCAUCUCUUCGUCGUCCAUCGGCAGUUCGGCCUCGAGCAGCGGCACGCCUGCGGCGGUGGAGGAGCAAGUCUGCAGCUUUCCUGAUGGCGACGAGCAGGCCGUGGCCGUCGUCGCCACGGCCAACGGGCGCGCCGAGGACCUUUGCCUCUCCACCUCCGAGGCACGCUCCUCGAUCUGCACGUUCUUCGCCCGCCGGCCACGCUCGUCUGACAUGUACGUCUUCCGCGCCGACCUGAGCAGCGAUGCCGACAGCGACAGUCAGUCGUCCGUCGAGGAGACGGAGCUGGAGAUCUUCCGAGACGGCCUCGAGGUGCCCACGUACCUCGCCGUGCCCGUCUUCGACCACGAGCGCCAGCCGCUGUACCUGCUUGUGGUGACGUAUGCUACGGCACGGGCCAUGGAGGAGGCCGACCUGCACUUCUCGCGCGCGUGUGGCACGCUGCUUCUCAGCUCUGUGCUGCGCCACCGCGCCCGCCUUGUCGACCAGGCGCAGCUCUCCUUCGUGCGCCGCGUGCAGCACGAGCUGCGCACGCCGCUGCAUGCCAUCCUGGGCAUCACGGACUUCCUGCGCGGCGCCGCGGCCGACGGCGAGGGCGCCAAGAAUCUGCUCGAAGACAACCUGCUGCCCGAGCUGCUGCAGUCAAUCCGUCUCGCCGGCAGCAACCUGAGUGCGACGCUCGACGACGUGCUGGACCUCGGCACCGCAAGCGGCCUGCGAUCUGAGAGCGAUGCGGCAAGCCACCGUGUGGAGGAUGUGCUUCUGGCUGCAGAGAUCGAGGAUGCCGUCGAGAGCGAGCUCGAGCAGGCCGAGAUGGCCGCGCGGCAGGACCGUUUCGUCGACGCGCAACAGGUCGUCGACGCGCACUUGCGCCCCGAGUCUGUGCCGACGGUCGUCAUCUCCGUCGAUCCGACCAUGCGUCAGCGCUGGCGCAUCGACCGCACGCGCACGAAGAAGGUGCUCUGCAAGCUGCUCAACAAUGCGCUGCGCUACAACAUCGCAAAGGGCGGCCUCGUCGAGGUCAAGGUGCGCAUGCACCCCGGCUCGGAGUCGCAGGUCGACAUCACCAUCGCCGACACGGGCAUCGGCAUGAGCAAGUCGUUUGUCAACAACGAUUUGUCCAAGCCUUUUGUCAAGGGUGGCGACGGCUUCAGCCAGGGCAUCGGCCUCGGCUUCACGAUCGCCUCGUCGCUGGUGGCGCAGAUGAGCGGCCGGCUGCAUGUGCACAGCACACCGGGCAUUGGCACGCGCGUGCUUGUUACACUGCCCCUCUCUCUGCCGCUCUCCUCGGCGGCAGUCGAGCCGCCGCCGCGCCGCAGGGACUACUGCGUGCAGAAUGUCCACUUUGCAGGCUUCGAGGGCCGCGCGAUGGAGCGCGUGCGCGAGCAGAUCAUGGAGCGCCUGGACGAGAAUGGCGUGCGCCUCACGUCGUCGCCGGCCGCGUGCGACCUCCUGGUGGUUGCCGAGCACACGCUGGGACAGACGCCCAUGAGCGAGUCUGACGCCCCCGCGAAGACGGCAUCGCUGCCAGUGCUGCCUCCGCGCGGGGCGAAUGCGCGCAUCCUCGUCGUCGCAUCGUCGACCAUCGGCCGUCACCGCACGCUGCACCAUCUCUCCGAGCAUCCAGUGCAGCUGUUCAAGCCGCCCUUCGGCCCGACGGCACUCGAGACAAUGGACGCGUUCCUCUCGGACAAGACGCCGCUGCAGCUGAGGCUGCCUUCGCUCGGACAGCGCACCGUCUCGAGCGACAGGCCGCUGCCCACACGUCAGAACUCGUACCGGCAAGCAGCGCCAGUGCCCAUUGCACCGCUGGCGCCCGAGAUCAAGCCGCCGGUGCCAUCGCCAAGCUCGUUUGCGGACAUCAAGGUGGUGCCGCCGCAGCAGCUCUACGAUGGAUCUGCCACAAAGUCGCCAGUCUCGGCGCCGUUGAACGACUCCGUCGCACCUCACAACGUCGUCGCGCAGGCGGACACGACAGUCUUUUUGCCGGAGCAAGACGUGUCCGCGCUUGCCGCCGAGGAAUUCCGCGUGCUCAUCGUCGAGGACAACCCGCUGAAUCUGCGUCUUCUCUCGACGGUGGUCAAGCGCCUUGGCUUCCCGUACGACGAGGCGCGCGACGGACAGGAGGCGGUGGACAAGUUCCUCACCUUCCGCCCGGCGUGUGUGCUGCUCGACAUGUCGAUGCCCGUCAUGGAUGGCUUCGCCGCUUGCGCCCUCAUGCGUCGCCACCAAGAGUCGCUCGGCAUCUCGCCGCGCAUCAUCGCCAUCACGGCACUCUCCUCACAGGCCGACAAGGACCGCGGCUACGAGGCCGGCUGCGACGACUGGCGCACCAAGCCGCUGGCCGUGCGCAACCUCAAGGCCGACCUGCUCGUGUGGAAGGAGGAGUUUGACAAUGCGCCGCGAUGGGAGGACGGCGCGGGCUUCGACGCCGAGGCCCACGAGCACGGCCCUGCCACGCAGCCGGCCCCUCCUGCCGUCGGCGGCGCCGACCUGGCAGUCUGA